CUUUCGCCGAGGGACGCUUUUGAGAAGAUAUCUGAUUCUAAGAGGCUUAUGUAUUUACAAACUUUCUUCGUAAUUUAUUUAAAGAGCACUUCGACAAAGAAAUUAAAAAUGAACUACAUACUUAUAUUCAUGAAAUUUUUCUUCUUAUAUUGCAUACGACACAUCACCCCCUAAACCAGACCAGCACAUAAAUGCCGGUCGCUGUUAACUCCAACAGCUGACGUCAGUUUGCCAUAGCAACACACCUACGACGACGUAAACAAAUCAACAAAUGCAAGGCAAUUUUCACAAGCUCAGCACUUCCACUCGGACAGCUGUGACAGUUCACAACGCGUUAUGCAAAAAAAGUCAAGCACAUCAUGUCGCUCUUCAACGUUUGCAACUGGUGGCACACACAGUGCUCCGAUCUGGAGGAGAACUACGACGUGGCCAGUUUGCUGUGCGCCCGCUUCGGACUCGAUGACAGUGAAAAGGAUUAUGUGGUGGUCGGUUCGCAUAGCGGCAAUUUGAGCAUUUUCAAUCCGCGUCUGGAACAAAAUCGACGCAUCGAAGAUGGCAAUGCCUUUCGGCCGACCGAUUUGUUGUUGGAGGUGAACUUAAAGCAGCCCAUAUUGGGCAUAUAUGCGGGACGUUUCAGUGGUGGUCAAAUGGCCGAUGAGAAGCAGAAUCAACUGGCCGUGCUGCAUCCACGUUCGGUGGUCAUAUACAAGCUAAACGCGAUUGGUGGCGUUGCUGAACAUGGCGCGCAAUUGCGUCUACAAUCCUUAGCCGACUAUAAGCUGAAGCGUGGCGCUUUAGCUUUAACGAAAGGCUCGUUUGGACGUGUCAAAGGACGUGAGUUCUUCUGCAUUACACACUUGGAUGGCACAUUGACCUUUCACGAACAGGAUGGCAUUUUGUAUGAGUGUCAAUUGCCGGGCAAUCGUGCGUUGCCAGUACCGGUGGUCUAUUGUGAACGCACCGACAGUUUCUUUCGUUUUACAGCCGGUUGGAAUUUAGAGUGCUUUACCUAUCAAGAUCUUUCCCACUCAUCGCUGAAUCGUGCCGAGUUCAAGCCGUCGUGGUCGGUGUGUAUUGGUGAGGGUAUUGUGGAUAUGUGUGUGGUACAGGCGAAGUCCAAUUCCGCUUCGAUUAUGGUUUUGGGCGAGCGCAAUUUUAUUUCUCUAACUGAUGAUGGUCUUGUAGACUUCAUACUGAAGUUGGAUUAUACACCAAGUUGCUUUUACUCGUUUGUCGUCGGCUAUUACUGGGAGCCCGGUGCACGUCUAAUAACCGCUAUCGCUUCCGACACGGGAAAACUCUUCAUUUACGAGGGUGCUAACAUCAUUUGGGCUGCUCAAUACAAAGACGACCCACCCGUCGCAAUACAACGUUCCAAUUUGUAUGGAUUACCUGGCGGUAUUGUGGCACUCGGUGCCACAGGUCAAUUGCGUAUUGGCUAUCUCGGCUCCGAACCAUUUGUCUUCAAGGUGCCAUCGGUCAAUAUGGAAGAUCUGAGCUUUACCGAGGCGCAUAAGGAGCUGCAACAGUUGGAGGAGGAAAUCAAAGCGGCGGUCGAUGUGACAGACCUGGAAGAUAUAGACAAACGUGCCGCUGAAGAUGUGCGCAUACAGUUCACCAUCAACACGGAGACUAGUGAAGAUGCAGACGUACUGCUACUGGACGUACCAGCGCAUGUAGCAGUUAAGGAGCUGCCCGCUUGUACGGGCAUACUAAAGUUGAGAUGCAAGAUCGAUUUGGCUGAGUUACAAGUUGUUUUCAACACAGCCGAGGGUGUACGUUGUAGCCAGGAUACGCUUACAUAUGUGGACAUGACGGCCGAUCGGGUGGAGACAUUGGAAUUGGAGUUCUAUGUGGACGAUCUAUUGCAUGUGCAUACGGCGCGUGUAGACGUGGUCGUUUCGUUCAUUAGCGUCAAAGGUAUACCACGCGUCUUGCAGCAGUCCGCCUAUUUACCGUUGAGCAUGUUCUAUAAAACGCGCCAGCCACAGAAGUCCGCUGGCAUAAAACUAACUUACAAUAUUAUGUCGAAUUCGUUGACACCCAAAUUAUCCACAUUCUUUCCUGAAUUCGUGACCUCGGAAAGCGAUUCGCAUGCGUUGGGUCUGCUUCUGCUCUGCCCUGGUGACGAGAAAUGCGAGGAAAUUGUGACUAUUGUUCUAGCGAAGAACUCAAACCGUAUAAGAAUACAAUCAGAUACUUUGGAAACAUUGCCAAUGAUAUUGGAACGUAUAAUGCGAGUAGCUUUAGAGCAUGCUCAAGACUCUAUACCUUCGAAAGGAAAGCGCGUCAAAAAUGCCAUAAAUUCCAAGGUGAAAACACUCAUGGCCAAUCCAGUGUUGCCCAUUCAUGCAAUUUUAAGUAAAAUUGAUCUGCAUCGUGAGACACAAGAGAAUAUACGCAAGCAAACGCUGGAGCUGGAUAAACUUUUGCAGCAAUUUAAGACUCUGCAACGUAAGCUGCAAGAUCAGCCUGAAGAUGAGUCGAAAGAAACUUUGGUCAUGCAAAUAGAGGAGAACUACGAUCACUUGAUUGCGGAAGGUGAUAAGCUAAUGGAAAUACGAAAGUUGGAAAAGAUACAACGUUGUGAUCUCACUUGCGCAAUUUCUGUGGCCACCUCACUCAUUGGCGCCCUACGCAUGGAGGAGAAAUUAGUGAAUGUUAUUUGCUCUGUACUUUGUACGCCGAUCGAGGAUUGGACGGAGCUGAGUUGGGAGGAAUCAAUGUCACCCGGCAUCGAUAUGCUCUAUCAUUAUGGUCCCCUGAAUCGUGUGAAGAACAGCGAGGGCAUAAAUGCUAUCGAAACCAAUGUGACGCAUGAAAAUUUCGAUUAUAAUCGAUUUAGACGCCAUAUACUCUCCAUAUUGGAACGCAUACAACGCAUUGCUAGUGCAGAAGAGGCGACUGCCGAAGAAACCGCGACAGCUGCCGCAGAUGAGCGAGCGCAGUCGAAUGGAGUCGAUAUCAGUGGACUUAAUGAAUUGCUUGAAGUUCUGCCCAGUGAGCAGGGUUUAGCUAAAAUCCGCAUGGUAAGACGUAGUACACUGGAGGCGGUAGAGGAUGAUGAAGAAGAAGAUGAGGAUGAUUUACGUAAAGUUGGCUAUAAAAAGGAGUAUGGUAAUCAACAGAAUAAGUCGGGUGAGAACUCGGAUUGGGUGAAUGAGGAUUAUGAGUUGCCGACGUCAGAAGAGUUAUUCAGUGAUUUGGGUAUUUGGUGGUAGAGUUUACGACUACAUUAUUUUUGUUUUUACGUGGAGAGUUUGAUGAUUCACUGUAAAUUAAAAAGAUGCAUAUAAUAAAGAAAUAUUGCUGAUA